AUGGAGGCGGGCCUGGCGGUAGCGUGCCAGGCGAAUCUGGGCAGCGGCUUCCAGGUGAACUUGGUGGACGGCGGCGUGGUGGUUCCUCUGGUGCGGCAAUUGAAGGAGGGCCAUGCGGAAGAGCGGGUGGAGGCGUGCACCGCGCUGGCGCGGCUGGCCAAGAAGAACCCCACGGGUCAGAUGGAGAUUGUGCAAGCGGGCGCGGUGACACCCCUGAAGAGGCAGCUCAUGUCUGCGACUGUUCUGCAGCGUGCCAUUGCCGCCACCUGCAUCAGCCGCGUGGUGGAGGGCAACCCGGAGGCUCAGAGAGCCUUCGCGCUGGACGGCACGCACCGGGCGCUGAUGGGCAUGCUGAUUGGGGCCACGAUGGAGGAACGGCUGCAGGGGGCCGUGGCGCUGGGGCACAUGGCCUGUGAGAACCCGGAGAACCAGGGGCGCCUGGUGGAGGAGGGUGCCAUUGAGCACCUGGCUCAGCUGCUGAAGGCGGAAGAGGGCCUCGAGCGGGACUGUACGUCCUUUGCUUUGGCCAACAUCCUGAACAUCAGCUACGACCAGGUUGUUGCGGACAUCACCGAGGCUGGGGAGGUUGAUGUGGCCCUGCAAAUUUGGCAGCACCGAUUGAGCGGCCAGAAGCGAGAACUUGCGGUGCCGGGGCCGAAGAAGAACCCCAAGUACUUCUUCAGGAGCAAGCAGGUUACCUCGCUGCAGACCAACCUGGAAGUGUGA